UCAAAUUGUUUUAUUUAUUUUGAGUGUAGAGAGGACUUUGGUUAUUUGUCUAUAAAUAUUGAACAAAAGAUGACUACAAGAUUUGUUGUAAUUAUGUAUCGCAUUUAUUGAAGAUGAAAUCUACUUUUCAAUUCACUAAAACGAACACUGGUAGUAGUCACUUAGAAAAUCCGAUGUCCGCAGAAAAAUUACAUACUUGUGGAGUUAUUUAUGAAACCGAAAUAUCAAGGGGAAAUAGUAAUGGAUUAACGGAAAAAUCUAAAAACGACUUUGAAACUACUUCAGGUAAACAUCAACAAAACGUGCCAAAAUCAUUAGGUUUUAAACAUGAAAGUAAAAACCUAUUAAUGACCAAUAGAAUUGAUGAAGGCAUUAUGAAACAGCAGUUACCCAUUAAUGUGGGACAACAAAAUAAUCCACACGGUGAGAAAGAUGUUAAUAAUUGUAAAAACGUUAUGGAUAAUAACAAAAUUCUAAAACAAAAAUCAAAGCGAAAUGUAUCAUAUCACGAAAAUGUUGACACUAGAUCUGUGGACAAUUCAUCAAAUGCUGGAAGUAAAAAUUAUUACAGCAGCUCUUCAUCGACUAUGUCCUCCGUGACUGAAAGCUCUACAUCACAAAAUUACAUAGACUCUGUAUCUCCUGAAGCUCACUUAUCAAAAUUGAAGAAAAUACACCGCAAAGCAUCAAGGCGUAAAAAACUAAAAUAUCUUAAAGGAAUAUUUUGCUUUUUAUCAGUAAGAAUUAUUCUAUUAUUUACUUUAAUCUUGAGUAUUUUAUUUCUUCUGGUUGGAUACCUAUUGCAUAUAAGGAAUAUUUUGAUAACUGGUUGCAUAUUGUCUUUGACAUCAGUUGGUUGUCUAGUUCAGUUGUGCUUCACUAAACGUACAAGUUCAAACAAAUUUAAUCCACAAUCCGUACCAUUUGCACUAGCUGCUGAAGAUCUUCCGAAUACAGAAAAUAAGACCUUAAUCCCAUCUUUGACAAUAGCAACAUCGAACCAGUUGAAGACUACAAGCACCAGCACUGCUGUUAAUGAAAUAGUUGUUAGUAGCACUAAUUACGACGGUAAUUUGUUAAAAGUUCCUGAAGAGUCAUCUGCUGUACAGUUAACUACAUCACCAAAUACACCCGUUGUCAUAGGCAUCGAUCACAUUCAAGCAAGACGUUUAAGUAUGGCAUUACAGCACUUGUCAAGAAAUUCCUUUCAACCCCAAACAUUAUCCUCACAUAAGCACGAAACAACAAGUAUGCUAAAUAUGGCAAGACGUUUAACAAUGGCUAGUUCAGCCAUUGCUUUGGGCAGUGCUGAUCGUGAUUACUACGGUCAUUCGUCAUGGUUAACUGGAUCUAGAGUUCGACAUGGUGUAAGACGUAGUUUAGCAUGGAAUGAGUCUGGUGCAACUCGAUUUUAUGAACAUUGUUAUGACUGAUAAAUCAACGAAUAUAUUGUUUAAGUAUUUCUGAUAAAAACUGUCGAACAUUUUUAGAUUACUUUUAAACUUUUGCAAUAAUAAUUUUUUUAUUGUCAUUCAGUUUAAAAAAAUAUCGUAUCAUAAUUUACUUUGGAAAUUGACUUACAGGAAUUUUUCUGUAAGAUAAUUUGUGACGGAAUUUUUUUUAGUUCACAUCUAGGAUAUACAAAAAAAAACAAAUAUAUACUAGG